CGCUUGCGUCAUCAGAAGGCGACAUGUUUAGUUGCCUUAUUACUUACAUGCUGAACGCGUCCUUGGGACUCUUUACACUUCAGAAUAUGACUAAUUAACACUUAUUACGGUAGUUUAAUAACAGUUGCAGAAAGUAUAUAAAGUGAUGAACCGUCUUUGACUGACUGAGGAGAGAUGAGCGCUCUUAACGCCAGUGGACGCAAAGCCUGCUGGGACGCCAGAGACGAGCUGUGGAAGUGUCUAGAUGUCCAUCAGGAUCAAACAUCUGCCUGCGAGAAACACCAGCGAGAGUUUGAAGCCAAGUGUCCUGCCCAGUGGGUGAAGUAUUUCGUCAAACGGAGGGACUUCUUGAAGUACAAGGAGAAAAUACAAAACGAGGGUUAUGAACCAACUGAAGGAGCGUCAAAAUUAUAGACACGGGAGGAAAUGAAAACACUGGACUCGGACAGUGAAAACUUAUAUGAAACAUUGUGUUUUUGUCUCGUCUGAUCAUUUAUCUCAAUGCAUCUGUACUGUAUGGAGCUUCAGUGUGAUGUUUGAAAUGCAAAAUAAAUAAAUGACCCAAAAAUAAAGUGUUU